CCUCCCCCUUUAUAUACAGUCACGGCACAGGAUCGGAGCACGGGAACGCAACGCAACAGAGGGAGAAGGAAAGGAAACAGCAGAGCAGAGGCCACGAGCCCCCCCCCCCCCCCCCCCCCCCCCCCCCCCGCGCGAGAGAGAGAGAGAGAGAGGAGGCGCCGCGGAGCGAGCAGCGAGAACGAGCAAAGGCGCGAAGAAUGGGGGAAGCUCCGCCUCCGUGCGCCAUCGUGGGGCCACGCCGCGCCGCCGCGCACUCCUUCCGCCUGCCUCGCCACGGCCGCCGCAAGGUGCACGUGGUCCGGCUCGGCGGCCCUGGCGCGCGCGGCCGCGGCCGCGGGCUCCGGCUCCGGCAGUGGCUGCGGCGCGCGGCGUGGCGCCUCGCCGAGCUCUGCGUGGCGGCGCUGUCUGGCCACCACGGUCACCCGCACCCGGGGGCGCCGCCCAGCGCGGCGCACCCGCCGUGGACCGGCGUCGAGCCCUGCUUCGCCGCGCCCUUCGUCCCCGUCGCGCGGAUGAAGCGCGCGGCAGCGCAGGCCUAGCUAGCUUGCCGCGAUCGACGACAGGCAGAGUUGGUUACCGCUGCUACGCCGCCUACGCGUGACGCCGUGACGCCUGAAGUGAAGAGACUUGCUUCGCUCGUGUCGAUCUCGGCAUGUAGCAGCGAAUCAUGUAGGACAGGGGGCGCUCUCGCUGUGGUGCCCAGUGCGCAAUGGCAUAUUGCACACUCCAGUGACCGUACUUAAAUCUUAUUGUACUUGUGUCUGCUGCUACUGAUAACUAAUGAAACAUUGCUAUCAAAUAUGACCGUCUAAAAAA